AUGGCAUCUCGGCUCGAAAGCUCUGAGCUUUAUACUAUCGCAUGGAUAGCUGCUCUUCCCAUUGAACGAGCAGCAGCAACUGCUUUGCUAGACGAGACACAUAGUGAGCCCGGCGGGUUCAUUCAGCAUGAGACUGACAACAACUCAUAUAGCUGGGGUCGACUUGGCGAGCACAAUGUCGUUAUUGCCUCGCUCCAAGCAGGAGUCUACGGUACUAUAUCCGCAGCAACUACUGUAUCAGAUUUGAUCUCUUCAUUGCCCCACAUUCGAUUUGGAUUGCUGGUUGGAAUAGGAGGAGGCAUCGCAAAGCCUGACGAGGACCAGGAUAUUCGGCUCGGUGAUGUUGUUGUCAGCCAACCUGAGGGAACGACUGGAGGCGUGGUCCAAUACGAUUUCGGAAAGGCAAAAACAGACGGUAUCUGGGAACAGAAAGGUUCUCUCAGUAAACCCCCUCCGGUACUACUUCAUGCACUAGCAAAUUUACAAGCAAAACACGAAAUGAUGCCGUCAAAGAUCUCAGAUCUACUCGAAACAAUGUGGAGUGCGAACAAUCGGUUCAUGUCAAAAGGAAAGAGGAACUACACUCACCCAGGGAUCGCGAAUGACCGGUUGUACAAGUCAGAAUACAGUCAUGUUGGCGGUGCCACUUGUUCCAAGUGUGACUCUACCUGGGAGGUAGAACGCGAAGAGCGAGAUUCGACUGAACCGGAAAUCCACUAUGGCAUUAUUGCCUCUGGUGACUCUCUAAUCAAGGAUGCCGUCACUCGUGAUAAGUUGUGGGAACGACAGCAGUUUCUCUGUGUUGAGAUGGAAGCCGCAGGGCUGAUGGACAAGUUCCCGUGUCUCGUGAUCCGUGGUAUCUGCGACUAUGCAGACUCUCACAAGAAUGACCGAUGGCAACGAUACGCGGCUGCUACGGCUGCUGCUUUUGCUGUUGAGCUUCUUGAGUAUGUCCCGGCUAAGCAAGUUCAGGUAACACGAAGGGUCAUCGAGGCGGUCAAAUCAAUGGAAGACAAGAUAGACACUUUGAGUGUCUCGGUCCAGAAUAUCGACUCAAAAACUGUCUUUGAUCGGUUACCGGAUGUAGAAGGUGCUCGUUUCGAUUCUCACGCUGAGGAACAUCACUCGAUGUGCUUGGCCAAUACCAGAGUCGACCUUCUCAAAGAGUUGUCAGACUGGAUUGAAGACGAAACAUCUCAACCGAUACUAUGGCUUAAUGGGAUGGCGGGAACAGGAAAAUCAACUAUUGCACGCACUAUUGCAAAGUCGCGAGCUGAGUCUGGAGAUCUCGGGGCCAGUUUCUUUUUCAAGAGAGGCGAAGCAGACCGAGAAAACCUGGGCAAGUUCGUGUCCAGUAUAGCUCGACAGUUGGUCAGGACUGUCCCAGGAUAUGCCAAUAUUAUCAAAGAAACGCUUGAAUCUGAUCCUGACAUAGUUAGCAAGGCUGUUUCGAAACAGUUUGCCGAGCUUAUUGAGGCUCCACUGAAGGAGCUGGGCAAGCGGCCGCUGGCAUUUGUCAUUGACGCUCUGGAUGAAUGCAACAGAGAGGAUGAGAUAAGGUCUUUGAUUGGCAUCCUCUCGUGUGCCAGCUCUAUUCGACAAUGCAUUCGAGUCCUUAUAACGAGCCGCCCAGAUCUUCCUACUCGCCUAGGGUUUGCAAAGGCUAACGGCACCUACCAAGCCUUGGUUCUACAUGACAUGCCAGUGAAUACAAUCAAGCACGAUAUAAGGGCCUUCUUCCUAAAUGAAUUCGAAAGGAUUCGAGUCGAUUUCAACGAGGUCGUGCCCACGGAGCUUGGUUUGCCACGCGACUGGCCAGGAGACAAUGACAUAACUAAAUUGACGGAGAUGGCAGUCCCUCUUUUCAUCUUUGCUGCCACCGUUUGUCGCUUCGUUUCGAAUUACAAAGUCAACAGCCCCUCAGAACAACUGCACAGGUACUUUCAACUCAGCAAUAACAAUUAUGGGAAUCAUCUUGGACAAACCUACGGGCCAGUUCUACGUUCCAUAGUCAGUGGUGUCUCUGAAGACGACCGCAGACAGAUCAUUGAGCAAACCUGCCACAUCGUUGGAAGCAUUGUUAUUCUAGCUGACCCCUUAUCGAUCAUGGCAAUGUCAAAGUUGCUUGACCUUCCAGUCAGAGUCGUGCAUAGUCGGUUAAAUGCACUCCAUUCGAUAUUAAACGUCCCACUAGGCCUUCAGGAACCAGUACGGCUAUUGCAUAUCUCAUUACGAGACUAUCUCACUGAUCCGAAUCAGAGUCAGACGAAUGAAUUUUGGGUAGAUGAGCAGCGUAUACACCUCAGUCUCUUUGAAGGCUGUUUUCAAGUCAUGAAUAUUAAGCUAAAGGAGAAUAUCUGUGAGCUGGUAUGGCCAGGAACGCAGCGUACUGAGAUUCCCCCUGGGCAGGUAGCAACUUACAUUCCCGAUGAACUGCAGUAUGCCUGCCGCCAUUGGGCUUACCACUUCCAGAAGAUCAAAUCCCCUUUGCUUAGCCUCGAUGACGUUUUCUUAUUCUUGCAGAAGCAUCUAUUCCACUGGUUGGAGGCCCUGAGCUUUAUAGGGAGAUUCAGAGAAAGCAUGCAAGUGAUCGAAAUACUGCAGACUGCUAUCAAGAACGAGGAAAAAAAUCUGCAUCGCCAUCUGCUUGGCGAAAUCCAGGGCUUUCUUCACAUGAACUCCACGAUUAUUGAUCAGUACCCUCUUCAGUUGUACUCCUCCCUGAUUCUCUCUAUACCGCCCGGUAGUCAGUUGAAGCAGACAUUUCCGAUAAGGGUUCCCCCAUGGUUGCUACAUGCCCCUAAACCUAACAAGACGUCAUACCAAGCUGGAUACACACUAGAAGACAAGCAAGCGCCCUCAUGCAGAUAUUUCUCUGUCUCUUCAAACAACUCACUCCUAGGUACUUGCGAUUAUCGUGUUGAAGACAUUCGCGUCUGGCGCCUUGAGACUGGCGAAUGCGUUCGCAUCCUCAAUAACAAGGGAGGAACAAAGUGGAGUCCUUUCAAGCUUUCCCAUGACGGAACGUGGGUGGCCGCCACUAGCAAGAGCCAUCCUGAUGUGGAAAGCCCUGGUUGGGAGGCUGAAUCUGUGAACGACGAUGACAUAUCUGAUACCAGUAGCCGGGAAGAAGAUAAUGAUAUAAUGAGAGAUGAAGAAGACUCUAAUAUCAGAAACCAAGGAGAGGAGACUUACGCUGGGAGUGACAGGAGCGUGCCUGAUGCCGGCAGCAAUAGUCAUCGCUACGAUCGCCUCUACUUGAAAGUUUGGCACGUGGAUACUGGGGAACUUAUGGGACCAUUCGCCGUGCAAUACGACAAGCAGCCUUUCCAAUUUUCGCCGGACUCCAAACUCCUUGUCUUGAUAACAGAUACAGGCUCUGGCGUUGUUCUGCGUCUGGACACUGCUGAAUUUGCCCGCGAAAAUUGCCUUGCAGGCUGUCAACAAAUCACCGGCCCUGCAUUAUUGCGUAAUAAUCGAGAACCUCGGAUCGGAGAAUAUUCGUCGCUCUACUUCAUAGAGUUCUCCCCCGAUUCCUCCCUACUUGCAAUAAUGUCAACCUGCGCCGACGAGUAUGCAGUGUGGGAAACUAAGACAUUCCAGCGCAUCCGAUGCCAGAGCAUGAACCCUUUUUUCCGAGCGGUGUUUUAUCCUAGCUCAUCAGGUGACAGAUCAGCCUCAAUUGCUAUGAACGGAAACGCCUCAAUCAUGAUGGCUCGCGCUUGUUCUGAAAAGAGUAAAUAUAAGACCAAUCUCGAAAUUCGAUGGGUCGACUCUGCCAAAGUCAUUAGCAGGUUUGAUUGCGAGGAGGAGAUUCAGUCUACUCAAUUUUCCCUCGAUCACGCGACUCUAGCGACGAUUGGUGAGAGUGGAUCUGUCAGAACUUGGAGGGUUGAGACUGGAGAAUGCUUAACACUCUUCGAAAAUACCCCGAAGUUGCGUCAUACAAGUCUUUCUCCAGACCUUACGUUGCUCGCUUCGGCCGGACUCACCAGAAGUGGAAGGGUCCGGUUGAACGGUACAAGAGCAACAGAUUACAGUUCAGGAAAAAGGUCGGAUCCGAUUGAAUCAGUGGUGUUAUCGUUAGAUUGCACUCUUGCGGCCUCUUGUUCAUACUACGGAGUUGUACGAGUCUGGAAUAUGGAAACAUUUGGCUGCACUCAGGAGUUUGAUGAUGGGUAUCAAAACCUAACCUCCAGCGAUUGUGGAUCCCUACAGCUAUUCCAAUUCACAAAAGACAGCAAGUAUCUGUUUGUGUCAAGAACCACUACGCGAAGUCCUACGCCGCUUAACAGUACUGAAUACUCGGUCGGCCAAUUCCUAGCAUGGGACGUGACAACAGGCAAGUGUGUCAUCAGUCUUCAGACCGAGAUCCAUGCUACGUCUUUCUCCAAAGGAUCUGCAGCAUCUGUGUCCCCGGACGAGCGUUUUCUUGUCUCAGUCCGCGGUAGGAAUGUCACAAUCAUUGCGCUCGAUACGUUUUCUGUCACUUGCGAACUGACUCUCACGGGGCUCGUUCAUAGUGCGGUUAUUUCUCCCAAUUCCCAGUUUCUGCUUGUUCUCUACUCUGAGACAUCCGAGACAGAAAAUUCUGCUUGGGGUUGGGCUGCGCAUGAGCAUCAAGGAUUCCUUUUAUCCAAAUUCAGCAUUGAUAGUGGUGACCAGCUUGCUAGCAGUAUUCCACCAAUGAUUACCCAGGGAAUAUUGGCAGUUUCUUCUGACGCAAAGUUUGUGAUUUUGCAAACAAUGGAAGGAUUCAUAAAAGGGGCGUGGGCGAUUUUGACUGACACAGGAGAGUCACUUUACCAGUUCAGACUACCUUCGGGUGCAUACCAUCCCUCUCUGACUCAGAACGAUUCAAUUUUGGUUUUAUAUGAAAGGACCUCUUUGACUUUCAGAGACUCCUCAACCGGUCUGCUGUUGCGUCGCCUGAGAGUUGACAGUGGCUUUGUCCCGAUGCGCUUCGAUUUUGACUCCAACACGAAUGCGGUCCAUACAAAUCUUGGCACAUUGACACUUCAUGAAGCCUUGAAGGACGAAGCUCGCAAGAUUUGUUUAGAUGAGGAUUUGACAGGAUACGGGAUCAGUUACGAUAGGUCUUGGUUGUUAUGGAAGCAGAAGAAGGUUUUCUGGCUAUGGCCAGAUUUACGGCCCAAGGAUAGAGAUCUGGAGCCUGUGGGUUAUAUCCAGGUUUCUGGAUCGACGCUGAUUAUUGGAACAACGACAGGCCGUGUGCUGUUCUUCAAGUUUGAUGUACAACAUCUGCUCGGGGCCUAA